CCCUCUGGGCAGUUAGGGAUGGGCAUUAAAUGCUGCCUCAUCCCGUGAAUGAAUAAAGAAAAAAACAUGACCAACUGUCAAUGGAUCGGACAGGGUACACCUUCACUACCAGCCUUCAAAACUAUGCCGUGUUGUGCUGUUUUUAUUAAGCUGUUGGAGAAGCUAAUUUAAAGGUCUUUUCAAUUCAAGCAGUUCUCUGAUUUAACCUCAAUGAAUGCAGGCAAUACACGACAGGACACAGUUUCAUUCAGACAUGAUUGUUUGAGUUGGGAGCAAACGGGGACCUUUUAUUAGUAAGAACCAGAAAAUAGUUUCCAGGAUUAUGUUAUUACUGUUUUGUGGAAGUUAAAACUUUUUCCUUCUAAAGUAACCUUUACUGGAUGGAAGUGGCACUGGGUUUUUUUUUUCUAUCUUUGAUCUCUUGAUAUAAUAUUGCUCCCUUGUCUUUGUUUAGGUGUCUGUGCUAGAGACCUGGCGGAGAACACAACUCUUUUUCCAUUACAGAGCAGCUGACGAUGCUAAGCGUAUACUAGAUAAAAUGAAAGCACUUGUCAGAAGCCCAAUCCCAGCAAAUCCACAACUACAGAGGUCGGUUGCAGCCUGGGAAUCAUUCCUAUUUACAAUCAACCAACAAAUCCAUCAAAGCGAGACAGAUCUUAAUAACCAGCUGACUCGAGUAAAAAAUGGAGCUCAUCUAAGCAGCCUUCCACCAGUCUCCAUACCAAUCCUCCCAGCACUCCCAGGCUCUAGCAUGCUGCUGGAGAAUGAUGAUCCUGCCAUUAUAGCAUCAUACUCUUCUGCAAGUAAGGAGUUGCAGAUGCAAAACCAGAUGGUAUCUAUUGCACAAGCCUCAGCUGCUGCAACACAGAAACCUCUGACGGCUCUAAUGCAAGCAGCCCCAAGGACUGCUGAAGCGAUGGCUAAAGUUCCAUCUGUAACAUCUGUGACAUUCAGCCUACAAAGCCAAUCUUCCUUGAACCAAAUUCAACGUGAAAAUUCUUUGACAAAGCCUCAGUCUGCCUGGUUAUCAGUAAAUAAUAGAUCAGGCACACCCACAAUACCUGAAAUUGUAACCUCUACUGAUACUCUGCUUUCUACAAGUCAACCUGCAAAUGCAACAUCUCAGCAACCCAAGAACAGCUAUGAUAAAAUCAUCAACCGUCUUUUGACCAUGUUUCCUCAUUAUUCAAGGGCCCAUCUGACUGAUUUCAUUAAAGAAGUUCGUAGUGCAAAUGGCGGUUCCCUUUCUGGAUUAGUAUACGAUGAAAUAAUUAAUCGAGUGGCAGAUCUCAUUUUGGAUCAUCAAGACAAAACAAAGGUCCAGUUUGUGCCUUCCACCCUUCAACAGCCAGCAAGCCUUGUUCACCAAAGGCCAUCCUCUGACCUUGGUACUUCACACAGAGUACCUACAGCAUCACGUGAGAGCUUAAGACCAUCGACUCUUUCAGCUGCUAGAAGUGCCCGUUCACAGCCUUGGAAACCUGUCAAAGCUCAGACUGCCUCACAGUGGCACGUAAGCAAUCCUCCAACAUUUGAUGAUGAGCCAUGUAUUAUUUGUCAUGAAGAUUUAACACCAGACACUAUGUGUGUGCUUCAGUGCAAACAUCAGUUUCAUCAAACGUGCAUCAAGAAAUGGCUAAGAGAGAACAGCACUUGUCCAACAUGUCGAGUUCAUGCUCUCCUGCCUGAAGAUUUUCCUGAACUGUCUGGAAUGAUAAAAAAUACACAAACCUAUCCUUUUUAAGAAUAUAAUCUAAGAGGGGAUUGACAUAUAGUUGUCAGUUAUUUUGAUCAUUAUUUUCUGCAGCUUUUUUUUUCCAUGAAGCUGUUUGCAAUUUUAGGAUAGCAUGAAAAAGAAUGGGAAGAACGCGCAGGGUGCAGGGACAUUUGAAGAAGGAGCAUGGACAUGGUUGACAACAUCCUACUGUGGAGAGAUUCAAGCCUUUUAACUUCAUUAAAAUGAUGUUCGGGUUCAAUAAACAAGGCGUCUUUCAAAAUUUGUCAAUAGCAGAAUCAUUUAUUGAGAACUCUGAUGUUGCUUGAUGGAUGUCAGUGUGAUACCAUACGAACGCUAUGUAGUGAUCUAGAAGGGGAACAACCUAGUUCAGUUUUUCUCUCUCGAUCCAAUACCAGCCAUCUUUGCACUUCAUUUCUAAAGCAAUGCUCUGUUACAAAUAUAAGGAACAACAAGCUUGCAAUUUUAAUCUUUAUACAAUAUAAUCCCUUUUAAGUAUAUUUUUAAAUUCAUGGAAAACUAGCUGAAUAUUCUAAAUAAAUCAUAAUUUGAGGCCUUCUGUACCAUCAUGUGCCAUAUUGAUUUCUUCUUGCUGUCAGCAACAAGUGACUUUUUUUUUCAUAUUACCACUCCAUGUUAAAGACAUUAUGUAGGGUACACACUUAUUACAGAAGCCAUCAUUCUGGGGAAUGUUAAGAAUAAAAAUGUUUUCCAACUCCAUAGGCCGGAAUCAAUUGGACAAUCUUCGUUCUGUAGUAAUCAUAGUUUGUGGCCACAGAAGCAUAGUAUUUCCAGCAUUUUCUGUUUUAUUUUGCUUUGGGGUGGGUUCAGUAUUCAGAUUUGUGUCGAUCUCACCUAAAAUCUCCUCACUAUUUUGAAGAUGUAGUGGAGUAGUGGAAUAGGCUAUUUAAUUAAAAAUAAGAACAAAGUGCUGGAAAUACUCAGCAGGUCUGGUAGCAUCUGUGAAGAGUGAAGGGGUCAACUGUUCAUCUCAAUAACAUUGCUAACUACUACCCGUUCUGACAGAAUGUGACAGGUUAAUAAUUUUAAUGUUAAUUUGUGUAAGAAAGAUGAGAGUGGAUGGAGUGGGUCUAUGGAAGAAAAUGUUGCCCAUACCAUGUUUCCACCCUAUAAUGUUGUAUUGACCUUAUUAACUAAGUUUUAAGAGGUGAUGGUGUAUUAAAAAUUAUAUGUAAAACUAAUGGUCUUGUUGCUUCAGUGCAUUAAAAGAGACAAUGAACCAUUA